AUGAGCAAUUCCAGGCCAUCAAUACCGCUAUCGCGGAUACUUCCGCCGCUCGUGCUGGGCGGCGCAGGAUUCAGCCACCAAUUAAUCCGCAAUCCCAAUUCGACUCAGGCACUAGAUGUCCUAAAACGUGCCUUUCAGCUUGGUCUACGAGCAAUCGAUACAUCUGCAUAUUACCACCCUUCAGAAAUUCUCCUCGGCGAAGCUCUAUCCCAUCCCGAAAUCACGAACGACUACUCUCGCGAUCAAUACUUUUUGAUGACCAAGGCCGGGCGCAUCAGCGCUGAUAAAUUUGACUAUUCGCCAGCAUGGAUAAGACAAUCAGUUUUACGAUCGCUGGAGCGUCUCCAAACAAGCUAUCUUGACGUUGUUUUUUGUCAUGAUGUCGAAUUUGUUCCUGAAGAAGAAGUGAUUCAAGCCGUUGGUGUCCUAAUCGAUAUGGUUAGGGAAGGCCACAUCCGAUAUAUCGGCAUAUCAGGAUAUCGCAUUGAUAUCCUCGCUCGCCUCGCCCGUCGUGUCAGAGAAGAAUACGGCCGGGCUUUGGAUAUUAUACAAAACUGGGCGCAGCUGACACUUCAAAAUGACUUGCUGGCUCGUGAAGGCUUGACAGCCUUCCGAGAAGCUGGCGUCUCAUGCGUGUGCAGCUCUAGCCCUCUGGCAAUUGGCCUUCUGCGUGAAAACGGGGUCCCAGUUGGCGAUCUGGGGGAUUUCCAUCCUGCACCACCGGGCUUACGCCAAGCCGCCCAAGCGGCUUCUGAGUAUGUCAACGCUCGUGGUGAAUCUCUCGCAGCAUUGGCGCUGCGAUAUGCUAUUGUGCGGGCACAGCUGGAGUCAUCAAAUGAGUUUCGCGUCACAACUAUCAUGGGCAUUGCAUCAGUUGCCGAGCUGGAAGAGAAUCUUGCAUCGGCUCAAAAGGUUCUGCGGAAGUCGGAAAAUUGUCCUUCUGAAUGGCUUUGGGCAGCCCAAUCAACAAUUACCAGGAAUAUCGAGCCUGGAAAAGUGAAUGAAGAUGAUGAGAUGGUCGCCCGAGUGAAGGAAAUAUUGGGCCCAUGGCGAAACUACAGCUUCCCUAGCCCAGGCAAGGGCUGGGAUGUGGCCAAUAAACGUCCGGUAGAAGGAAAGCUAUGA